AAACAAUCUGGAGUCAACAUAUUGGUCACCUUGAAAGCUAUUGUAUGCUAUGCGUUCUCUGCAGUGUGAUGGCAGGUUGGAUUAUAAAGACACACUCAGCCCUGCAGACAACUUAACCUGUACUAGUGCAACUGUAACUGUCUGUCAGGAAUAUGGACCCAUACUCCAACAACGAGAGGAAAAACACCUCCUGGACCAGUUCACCUGAGGCUCCUUCCCUCUAGUUACUGCAGUAUCGUCCCACGGAUGGGAUUCAGCAGCUGCCUGUUAACUCUCUGACAAAUGUUUGCUGAAACUGUCCGCCUGAAGAAGCACUAAAAAGACAGGAAGAGGAGAAAGCUUGGUGUUGGCCUGGUGAGACAUCUGGGUGUCUGUGGUUGGAUCUGUAAUCAUGGGGAAGGAGCAGGAUCUGUUGGUGGCCGUGAAGAGUGGAGAUCUUCUCGUGGCGCACAAACUUCUCUCCAAAGUCAAGUGCAACAAAAACAAGCUCCUGGGCUCCACCAAGAGACUCAACAUCAACUACCAGGACUCAGACGGCUUCUCAGCGCUGCACCACGCCGCUCUGACGGGCACCACAGAACUGUUGUCUCUGCUGCUGGAGGCCCAGGCCACAGUGGAUAUCAAGGACAUCAAUGGCAUGCGUCCUCUCCACUACGCAGCGUGGCAGGGCAAAGCAGACUCGGUGUUGUUACUGCUGAGAGCCGGAGCUGCAGUCAACUCCUCUUCUCUUGAUGGACAGAUACCGUUACAUCUCUCGGCUCAGUACGGGCACUACGAGGUGUCUGAGAUGUUGCUGCAGCAUCAGUCUAACCCCUGUCUGAUGAACAAGGCCAAGAAGACACCGCUGGAUCUGGCCUGUGAGUUUGGGAGACUGAAGGUGGCUCAGUUGCUGCUGAGCAGUAACAUGGUGGCAGCGCUGUUAGAGGGGGAGGGAGGAGACGACAACAUGGACGGUCCAUCCCUCACACCUCUCCACCUGGCAGCCAGGAACGGACACAAAGACAUCAUCAAGUUGCUGCUCAAAGCCGGGAUUGACAUCAACAGAAGCACUAAAGCGGGGACGUCUCUGCACGAGGCUGCCCUCUAUGGAAAGACCGAAGUCGUGCGAUUGUUGCUUGAUGCGGGCAUCAAUGUGAACAUACGCAACACUUACAACCAGACAGCUCUGGACAUCGUCAACCAGUUCACCACCUCCAGCGCCAGCAGGGAAAUCAAACAGCUGCUCAGAGAAGCAUCCUGUUCUCUGCAGGUCAGAGCGGUGAAGGAUUACUGGAACCUCCACGACCCGACUGCUCUUAACCUCAGGGCUGGAGAACUUGUUAUGGUCCUGGAGCAGCACUCAGACGGCCGCUGGAAGGGUCACAUCCAUGACAGCCAGCGGGGGACCGAUCGAGUGGGCUUCUUCCCCCCCUCAGUGGUGGAGGUCCUCAGCAGACGAACAGGGGGCACUCUCACCCGCCAAGCUUCAAAACCUCGCCAGCGACAGCACUUUGCAUCCAGAGCUCCUUCCUCAAGCAACAGUCCCGCCCCUCAGUCCGAAGACUCACUUGGCUAUGAUCCCACAGGUGACAGAAACAGUGUUGGCAGCUCGGGCAGUGUGGGCAGCAGCCGCAGCGCCGGCAGCGGUCAGAGCUCGGAGAGCGGACACAAACAGAACGGGACUCAAAAUCGGCAUAACGCUGAAAACGGCAAGAUGGCACCCUCUGCUGGUGAUUUAGGAGAACAUCUCCACACUUUGGGAACGGAGCAAAGCAAACAGGCAGAUGGAACCACAGGUGGUUCCCGUCGGCAGGUAAACGGCACUCCUCAGAAAGGCUUUGUGAGGCCGGAGCACCUCCUGGAGGGCAAGGACGCUGAGGCCAUCUAUCAGUGGCUGUGUGAGUUCCAGCUGGAGCAGUACACGUCCAACUUCAUCAACUCAGGAUACGAUGUUCCCACCAUCAGCAGGAUGACCCCUGAGGACCUCACAGCCAUCGGAGUGACAAAACCGGGACACCGGAAGAAGAUUUCGAUGGAGAUCGGCAAGCUGAGCAUCCCUGAGUGGCUGCCUGAUUACAUUCCUUCUGACCUGGGAGAGUGGUUAAGUGUGAUUGGACUUCCUCAGUACCAGAAGAGAUUGAGUGAAAAUGGAUAUGACUCCAUCACCAUCGUCAAAGACAUCACCUGGGAGGACCUGCAGGAGAUCGGCAUCACCAAACUGGGCCAUCAAAAGAAGCUAAUGUUAGCUGUGAAGAGGCUCUGUGACCUGCAGCGCUCUCGUAACAAUGGCGACAGGGCCGGAGGCGGGACUCUCAGACGGAAGCCCCCAGCUGCUCUGGAGUUGGUGGCCAUCGAACACACACCGACACACAUAGUGCACACUCACAGUCGCUCUGACGCUCCUUCUGAGGACUGCUGCCCCUCCCCUCGCACACCAAGGACACUCCUCUCCUUCCAGGACAGCGAGUUGAGCGCCGAGCUGCAGAGCGCCAUGAUGGGCAGGGCGGGAGGUGGAACUGCAGAGGCAUUCUGCAUCAGGGGUGUGACCUCCGCUGCAGCCAUGUCGGUCAGUCAGGAGAGCAUUAGCAUGCGGUCACGGGGAUCUGGGAAUUCUGGGAAUUCCGGGAACUCAAAUUCAGGAUACCCUCAAGAUCACCAAGCAGCACCGUCAGCGCGGACGUGCAGCCAAUCACAGGAGAGUCUGGGGAGCGGUGCAGGAGAGGAGGCCAAACGUGGAAGAAGUAGUCCUGGAGGGAGAAGUAGACAGAGACCGACAGAGAUGUGGGAGCAGCAGAGUCGAUCUGCUACACCCAACAAACUCCCCUUCUCCCCCCUGACUCCCCCUCUCACCCCCAGCAAGAUGCCCCGUUUCGCCUACCCGGCUGUCCCCCCCAAGGCCAAACACUUCCAGUCUCCGAGCCGCCUCUAUCAGCCUCAGCAACACCCCCCCUCGUCACCGUCCCCGCUGCCCUCCCCCACACAGAAGACAUUCAGUUACCUCCAGGCCCAGACAGGAGGAGUCAACGGGGGUCAGUGGGUGCUCUCCAAACCUCUGCCUGGAGCCGUCCCUGUGCUAGGACCCCGACCAGGUCAGGUCCCAGCUGACGCUGCCCAGAGGGGCCCGCACAAGAAGCGCGCACAAAGCCUGACUCGCUACGCUCUGUCCGACGGCGAGCCGGACGAAGACGACGACCUCGCUCCCCAAAACACCUCAUCUUCCUCUGCAAUGAUGCCCUCUUACGCCACUCUGUCACGCAGGCCAGGACGCGGCCACACCAGCACCACAGGAGCCCAACGCCACAUCAACCGCAGCCACUCGUUCGCUGUGAGAUCCAGACGUAAAGGCCCUCCUCCUCCGCCACCAAAAAGGAUGAGCUCUGUGAGCGGCAGUCCGGCACGCCAACCAGGAAAUGGGAAAGUUACGGAGGCUGAGGUGAAGGGAGGGGUGGAGACGGAGAGCACGGGCAGCGUCAGGAGCAUCGCAGCGCGGCUGGAGGGGAGCAGCAGCAGCGGCGGCAGUCCAUCCAGGAGGAUGGAUAUUCCACCAACAAAUGUCCCCAGUUCACCUGUUUUCAGCCCAGUUUCCGCUCCCAUUCCACAUGUUAUGACUGCUCAUAUGAUCCUACAGAACUCCAAACCCGUCCCUGCGCUCGGAGUGGGGGGUCUGAGGAGGACAGGAAGCGAGAGGACAGAGGAAGAGAAGGUGAGGAAAAGUGAAAGGAUGUCUAAAAGCGCCACACCAUCUCCAAAACACCUCGCUGUCGAGCGCCUCCCGUUCGCAGAAGAAGGAAACCGCACCAUCAAACAGAGACCCAGGACAACAUCCAUCAACCAAUCAGACGCUGAAGUCAAGACUCCUCCAGAGGGUCAGCUCCAGACCCCGAGUAGCCUGGAGCUCCCGGAGUUUAACCUUAAAGAGUCGGACACGGUGAAAAGACGACACAAACCCAAAGACUCGCUGUCGCCCGACGAGGCCACGCCCCCCCACAGAGACGACAGCCACCCGCAUAUCAGGAGCCUCCACCCACAGAGCGACGUCAGUCCGCAGAGCGACGAUGAAUCUCAGAGGCCGGGGAGGAUGUUCCAGAGAGCAGGAUCCAUGGGAAAAGGUCCAAAGCCUCCAGUCUUCUCAAAACCUUCCAGUCCUUUCAAACAAACCCCAAACAGUAGACCAGCAACCCCCCAGAAAAUACCACAAACUAAUGCACCCACAGCCAUUCCUCAACUUACCAGUGUUCAGAUUCACACCGUCUCCCCGAAGCUGGGCGGCAGCGUUCACACACACACAGGUAUAACCAGUCCAAACCUCGGAAGACACUCACAGACAGCGACCCCGAAACCAGAGAGUCCACAGAAAGGUUCAGGUCUUUCAGUGAGACUUCCUCCGUCCGGCUUGGCAUCAGCAGCAGGAACAAACCUCGCCAUGGUCCAGUGUGUCGUGUUCCCCUCUCCGUCCUCCCCGGCUGCAGCACGUUCGUACCCGAACUCUGCAGGGAGAGCGGGGACUCCUCUGACUGGUGUGGCCGGUCUGGAGGUUCUGGCUCAGAAGAGACUGGAGCAGACCAGUACGUCACUGGAGGCCGCUCUGAAAGUGGUGGAGAACAGACUGGCAGAGGGGAGCAGUGUGGGCAGCGGCGACAACACGGUGAAAGCGACGGGGAAUAUCCUGGACGACAUCGGCAGCAUGUUUGACGACCUGGCCGACCAGCUGGACGCUAUGUUGGAUUAACUUUCCCCUCACAGGGUCCAAGUUCUUUCGUCAAGAGGGGCAAAGCCAUUUUAAAAAGUAUAAAAAGUUAUAAAAUCCAGCAAACAGGAGGUGACAGUGAACAUUUGAUGCUGCUGUGAACGACGAGACGAGGCGGCGUCUUUGACUCUGGAUGAAUCGAUGCGUUCACAUCUGAGGAUUUCCUGCACGUCUUCUCCUCGGUGUUACAGAAGUUUUUCAACGCAGCACUUCGCCUCAGGACGCACACCUGGGAAUGUUAUUGGAGCUACACAGACGCUGAGCGAUCAUCUUCCGUGUGUGUGUGUGUGUGUGUGUGUGUGUGUGUGUGUGUGUGUGUGGGUGUGUGUGGGUGUGUGUGUGUGUGUG